AUGGACUGCCUGAACUUGACCGAUGAGACCACGGCUGCGUGGCACCCGUACACCGCUCAGACCGCGGUGCCUCUGACCCUCCUGGUGGGUGUCCUCAUCCUGCUGACCGUCUUCGGCAACGUCAUGGUGGUCAUCGCCGUGACCACCAGCCGUGCCCUCAGAGCCCCCCAGAACCUAUUCCUGCUCUCUCUGGCGUGUGCCGACAUCCUGGUGGCCACGUCGGUGAUGCCCUUCUCCCUGGCCAAUGAACUGAUGGGUUACUGGUACUUUGGCAAGGUGUGGUGUGAAAUCUACCUGGCGUUGGAUGUGUUUUUCUGCACUUCGUCUAUCGUCCACCUGUGCGCCAUAAGCCUGGACCGAUACUGGUCCAUCACGCGGGCCAUUGAGUACAACCAGAGAAGGACGCCCCAUCGGAUCAAAUGCACUAUCUUCAUUGUUUGGGUGCUGGCGGCCAUUAUCUCCUUCCCGCCGCUGAUCACCAUGAAGAAGGACGAUGGCCAGGAGGACCGACCGGAGUGUAAAAUAAAUGAUGAGAAAUGGUACAUUAUCUUCUCCAGCACAGCCUCCUUCUUCGCACCCUGUGCCAUCAUGGUCCUGGUCUACAUGAGGAUCUACCAGGUGGCCAAGCAGAGGACGAGAGCCCUGCCAGGUGAAAGGUCGCAAGAAAACGGUCGCCCUUGUGACGUAAAUUGCGGCUCGGAGCGUGAGGAAGGCCAGGUCAAUGGGGAGGAAGCGGGUGAAUCGUCAUCCGACGGCCACGAAAUAACCUUGUGUUCCCUGAAAAAGAGGCGGGCCGCCCGGCUGGCCAAGUGGGGCCACGAGAAGCCCGGAGAAGCUGCCCCAAAGUCUGAGGCGAACUCCAGCCGCUGGAAAGGAAGACAGCGGCGAGAGAGACGCUUCACGUUCGUGCUGGCCGUGGUGAUGGGAGUGUUCGUCCUCUGCUGGCUACCUUUUUUCUUCACGUACACGCUCACGGCCGUGUGUGCGUGCUGCGUGCCCGAGACGCUGUUCAAGAUGUUCUUCUGGUUGGGAUACUGCAACAGCUCCCUAAACCCAGUCAUAUAUACCCUAUUUAAUAACGAUUUCAGGAGAUCCUUUAAAAAGAUCCUCUGCAGGAAAAGUCCAUGGAGAUUUAUAAGCGGGCACAACUUGAAGCUACUUUUAUAA